UUAGCGCGGAGUUUCUUGGAAAAGUGUAUUUGUAUUUUCACAAUUACAUGCGUUUUAAUUUUAACAUUUAGAUUUUCGGUAGGUUUUGAGACUGCUGACAAGCUAUAUUACCUAUUAAUGGCGAGGACACACAAGAACCACUUGAUUGUUACGGCCUUUCUGUGUGGCGUUGUUCUAGCCUGUGGAGUGGUGUACUGUGUUGUACUCAGUGAAAUUUUGAAGACUGUUGAAAAUUAUAUGAAGAAUUCAAGAUAUAAUGGAAUCAGUGCAACGACGUUUUUCUACUACUUAAAAUAUAUGUGGACGACUGGUCUGGUGUAUGUUUUUCCUGCACUCGUUGGUUUGAUUGGCAGUGGUCUGAAGUCGAAGGGUGUUCUCAUUGGCUACAUGAUUGUUGGUAUCCUGUCUCUGUUGAUCAUGGGCGGCGUAAACAUCAUGCACAUAAUUGCCACGAUAAUUGGACAAUCUGCUUGUGAAUGGAGUUACUACUUCAAUACACCUUCGUCGAUUGAAUUGGAAAAUUGUAGAACUUAUGUAGCACUCCAGUUGAAGUAUUCCAUAGCACUGAUAGUGGUUAACGCGAUUGGCUGGUUUGUGGAGUUGACGACGAUCAUCAUGGCGGGUAUUUAUGCCUGUUGUUCGUCUGAGACGACUCCAGGCGUCAUAUUCCAGCCAGUUGCUGCCACUCAUCACAUUGAGAUGUCUUCUGUUACCAUCGACACUCCCACGGCGACUGUUAGUACCAUUUCGUGAAAGGAAUUAAUGUAGCAGUGAUGAAAUUAAAUUUUGAACUUGAAUUAGAAGCAAUAUUUUCAUACCGUUCAACUGUACUGCUUUUACUGGACUUGUCAUACAUGUAUUAAUAUUUAGUCAAAUUUAAUUUCUUUAUUUCUUUUUCUUCUUCUUUUUUUUUUUUUUUUUUUUUUUUUUCUUUUUUUUUUUUUUUUUUUUUUUUUUCUUUUGUCGUCUGCUUUAAGAUUAAUUAAUAUGUGUUUCACUUCAUAUGUAAGCGUACGAGCAAAUUCUCAAAUUCGGGCAAAAGAAAUAGCGAUAUUCGGGAUUUUUUUCCUUUUUAAAAAAAAAAUUUUUAUACUGUCCCCAGAUAUUCUUGACAGUGUCGGAGUUUAGCAGCCCGAGCUCACUGACUUAUAGAAACCUUUUCACCUUGUAGUUCCAAAAUUCUACCCACAAUAUUAGUUGUAAUCCAUGUAAAAUGCGUAGUUAUUCGUUUGCUACUCUAUAUGGUAUGUACUACUAAAUCAAAUCCCACAGACACCAAGAGUAACAUGUGUGGCUGCAUGCAGUGUAUCAAUCGACAUAUACACCAUAGAUACUACAAUGCCUCACCAUUGAAGAAAAACAAUCUGGGGUUAAGCUGCUCAUUUCACAUAUAAUUUGACGACCCUAGUUCCGCACAAAAAGUGUCAUGCUAUUUUUAAUAGGACCCUGUACACCUUUCACGCACAAUGGUAUUUGGUGCACUGACACUAGUCCAAAUUAAAUUACAGGAAUUUACUGGCCAGAUGAACCAAUAUUUUAUCACAAAUAACACUGUCACCAUUUAUCACCAAUGGCAGGCCUUGUGGCACUAAUUGCGCUAUCAAAACAUACGUGCACCUCGAACUUUGACCCAGUCGUAUGUUAUUUGGUGUAGUACUGCCAUAUAGCACUCUAGCAGUAAAGCUAAUAUGAAUAAAUAUUGUUAUCCAGGGCCCAAUUUCACAAAACAUCGUAAGCCUAGUUUUGUAGGUAAACGUAAAUUUACGACAAAACCACAAUUCUGAUUACUUUUAUAGUACAACAAAUAUAGUUGGAAAUACACAUCAUUAAUUUCUUUUCCUCCUUAAAAUGCUCCAUAUUCCGUAUUGAUGUAAUUGUCUGCUUGAAAUAGAUGCCAAACACGUGUAAAUAUAUGCUCGGUAAAACUGUUAGUCGCAGACGUAAACUUUUAGUUUAAUUCAGACGAAAAUCAUCCUGCCUCCACCCUGUUACAAACAUGGAAGCCCAUACGCCUAUGUAUAUGAUUUUAUUUUUGUAGUAUUUUUACAGAAAUUAUUGCUCAUGCUAUUUAGAAGUGUAUUUAAAUGGAUGGGCUGGAACUUACAUUGCAACAUACAAUGUGACUUCCAGCUAUAAAUAGCGUCACCCAAAGGUUUUACGUCACUUGAUCACCGAUUGCUCAAAAUGUAAGGUUAUCUUCAUUUUUGAUUCCGAGUAUUAUGUGUGUGUGUGGGGGGGUUCCAAUAUUUUAAAUACACAGUAAUAUUAUCUAGGGUUUAAUUUAGCAAUAAUUAUUUGUUUAUACUACUGGUGACUAAUAUUUGUAAUUUUAUAUAUUUGGUUAUAAAAUUUGUUUACGUUAUUAGAAUAAAUACGUAGCGGUU